UGAAAAAAAUUAUAGUUUAAACAACAGGAACACGCUUUCCGACAAGAGUGGACUUCAUCUUUUUCUUUUUUAGCUUUAUCAAAAAUGCCAGAAGGGUAAUCCAAGUCUUUCUAUCGCUACAUUUCAGAGGAAAACCAGUGAAGGUUUGAACUGUUUUUACUGAAUCUAGCUUAUAUUUUUUAAUUAAAGAUCUCAGAAUUUUCUGGAAAAAAAAAAAAAGGAUUCACUUUUGGAUGCCCCUGACUCAUCCUUUGAUAUAAGGGUAGUUGAAGGAACUUUAGACCCACCCAACACACAGACAGGACCAGGUUCUUCAUCUCUUCAGAGAAAAUUUUUAAUACUCCCAUGAAGGACCAAAAACUAUGCUCUGAUGACAUACUGGCAGUUCAAAAUGCAUAAAAAUUCUAAGAAGUAUUUCAAAUGGAUCCUGGUCACUGGACUAUUGUUGAUAGUCCUUUAUUAUGUGACACCUUGGGCCACCUCAGGAGUUGACAUACGGAUGAUACACGAUGACCCAAUGCAAAAACUCCACACGAGAAUCCUUGGAGGCCUCAUCAGUGAUUAUCCUGACAUUGCCUACAAGAUAAAGGAGGAUGCGGCACGUCGGUUGGCUCAAAAUACAUGUGUUUGUCUGGCUGGUGAGGAAACCUUUCAUCUGCCCUUCGUCAAGCUGCUCUUCCCUCAAGUCUGGGCCCAAAACUUCCUGCAUGAAUUCUUAGAAACUCAUCCUAACCCUGAGGGCAUAAAGCAACAAAGAGCUCAGGAGUACAACAAUUAUCAAAGAAGAUCCUACAGUCCAGCAGAUGUGCUUAUUGUAGCUGAGGCCAACAGUCCUCUUCAGUAUCCCACCCAGGGUUUGGAGGUGCAACCACUCAAAACCAUCCUCAUUCCUGGUCUGGGUCUCAAAGAGGAAGCAAGAUUAAACCAUAUAGUAUCAUUGAGAGCAACAAUGGGAACUUUUGAUGUUGUUGCCACGGUAGACAAGGUGUCCAUAAAAGGAGAGGGAGAGAAGCACAUGACACUGUCAGGUCCUCUUCUCUCUGCUCUGAACAGGCAGUUGCAGUUCGUCUCCUACACAAACACCGUGUUCCACCCCAAGACAGCAGAUUCAAUUGAGUUUGCAACUGAAGGUCACCAGUCAUUUUUCAUAAUCAAAGUUGGACAUAGAAAUGCACCCAGACUUUACAACUCUGGUUACAACGGAGAGUACAACAUCUCUGCUCUGGUUACUAUUGCCACAAAGACCUUUAUACGCUAUGACAAACUCAAAGAUCUUAUUGAAAGCAUAAGGCAAUAUUAUCCCACAGUCACUAUAGUCAUAGCAGAUGACAAUGAGCACCCACAGCCAGUGACUGGUCCUCACAUUGAACAUUACAUUAUGCCAUUCGGAAAGGGUUGGUUUGCAGGAAGAAAUUUGGCUGUAUCUCAAGUGACUACCAAGUAUGUGCUCUGGGUGGAUGAUGAUUUCGUUUUCAGUGCAAACACCAGGCUGGACAAGAUGGUGGAUAUUCUAGAGAAGACUACUCUGGAUCUGGUUGGUGGUGCAGUGAGAGAGGUCACAGGUUACACUGCCACAUAUCGUCACACUAUUUCAGUGGAGAAUGGUGGAGAGGAAGGUGACUGUUUACAUAUUAGACUUGGGUAUCAUCAUGUCAUCGAGGGAUUCCCUAACUGUGUGGUAGCAGAUGCCGUUAUCAACUUCUUUAUGGCACGGACCGACAAAGUGCAGCAGGUUGGCUUUGACCCACGGAUGUCACGACAGGGGCAUUUGGAGUUUUUUCUUGAUGCUUUGGGCUCCCUCCAUAUUGGCUCCUGUAGCGACAUCAUUGUAAAUCACGCUUCAAAGAUCCACCUGCCCUGGAGUAAAUCCAGCUCAAUGAAGAGCUAUGAAAAGUUCCGAUAUUCAUCAACUGAUGUGAAUAAUAAUCUUAAAAAUGAACUCUUCUACUUCAAGAACAGGUUGAAGUGCAUGACUAGCCAGUAAAAACUGGCUAUCUGGUUGUUUAAUAUGAGGAAAUGAGUUUUCUGUUUUUCUCAGGUAACUGAAAAUAAUGUUCUCAGAGACAGUUUCUCUCUCAGGUGGACUCAAAUCUAUGUCUGUCUUUAGAUUCUUACUUCCUUUGUGUUGUUUAUUUGAGCUGACAAAUGGCUAUGUUAGUUCUACUUUUGACUUGUUCUGUUUUAUCUAAUAUGGGAUUUUGUGAUGAUACUGAUGAGAUACUUCAUUGGCCAGUUAUGAAUUUAAUGCACUGAUAAAGUGCUUAAAAAAAUCUAUAUUUUUUUUAUUAAAGCUUAAGCAAAUUUAAGCUUGUGUUGCCUCACAGCUUUGAUAUACACAACAACUUUUGUGUACCAAAAUAAUUACUAAAGUCCAAGUAUGCCUUGGAGGAGUUCUUGGGUUGAAAACAGAAGGUAAAUUUGUUAAAAUAAACUUUGUCUAAACUAUUAGUCUGACUGUCUCAAAACAUCAUCAGUCUGGAGCAAAGUUUACUUGAAGAAUAUUUUGCAACACCCUUACUCAAAGGGGAUUCUGGAUGAAGUAAGAUGUGUAAUGCAGUGUUUUACUGGUGAAAUAAUACUCUGUGAGUUUUCAUUUAUCUGUUACACUGUGUGUAUUCUAUGUUUGGUUUCAUGGGCUGCUGAAAAGUUGAAAAAAUA